UGGGAAAUGAAUCUACUCAUCAAAUUGUUUUGUUCCAAAAAAGAAAACAGGAAGGAAGAUGGUUCAACCUUAUGUUGUGAUCAAAACUUUGCUGAUCAGUUUCAUCUCAUUUUCUUCAACCCUUUUCGCUGCUUCUUCUCCAUGCUCCUCCUCCUCCAUCAACAAAUAUGCAGAGUUACCGGUGGUGAGAAAUAUCAGCGAGAUUCAUCAGGAUAACUAUGGUAGACCAGGUCUCUCUCACAUCACUCUUGCUGGUUCAAUCUUGCACGGAAUGAAAGAGGUUGAAGUAUGGCUUGAAACAUUUUCACCAGGAACGCGCACCCCAAUUCACAGGCAUUCUUGUGAAGAGGUUUUUAUUGUUCUCAAAGGCAGUGGCACUCUUUAUAUUGCAUCAAAUUCACAUGGGAAGUACCCUGGAAAGCCAGAGGAGCACUUUUUCUUUCCAAAUAGCACAUUUCAUAUUCCUGUCAAUGAUGCUCAUCAGCUUUGGAACACCAACGAGCAUGAGGAUUUACAAGUUAUAGUUAUCAUAUCUCGUCCACCAAUUAAAGUGUUUAUAUAUGAUGACUGGUCUAUGCCUCACAGUGCAGCAAAAUUGAAAUUCCCACUCUUUUUGGAGGAGCCAUGUUCUCAGGAACCUUCAAAAGAUGAACUGUGAUUUAUGGUCAAGGUUUACACUUAACACUUGUUUUAUUGCUGAGAUUUUCUGUUGUUGUAAAGCAUUUUCUAACUACAAGUUCAAAACUGUUUAGACAUUUGUAUUCUUUAGUCUAAUAUCACUGCUUCAAUCA